AUGCCACCAAGAGACAUUACCGGACGAAGUUCGGUCCUGGAUGAGUUUAAGCGCAAGACCUACCUAACUUACCAGCGCUACCUCGACAAGAGUGUGCCACACCGUUCAAUGCGAUGGGCCAUGUUUACCUUUCUGCUGAUUUUUUAUAUGCUCCGUGUUUUCGUCCAUGGCGGGUUUUAUGUCAUCACUUACGGCAUGAGCAUUCACCUACUGUACCUCUUGCUGCUACUCAUCACGCCCCUCGCGGAGGACGAGUUCACGGAAGACUCCCCGCUGCCAAGGACGGCCGCUGGUGAUGGGGAGUUUCGUCCUUUCGUUCCACGCGUGCAGGAGUUUGUGGUGUGGAAGAGCAUGUUCAAGGUUGUAUCAAUCUGCCUCUUCCUGACGCUGUUUAACUUUCUGGACGUCCCCGUCUUUUGGCCAAUUCUUCUGAUGUACUUUAUCAUCCUGACAGUGACGCAGAUGGGCGGUCGCAUUAAGCACAUGAUAAAACACCGCUACGUCCCAUGGAACGCGGGGAAGCCCAAGUACGUGGAAAAAGCCACCACAUAG